UAAAACUUCACAUUAUGAAUACUAAGAAGAGGAACUUGAGCAGCUCUUGCCACACAAUCCAGCACUCUGCUGGUGAGAGAGAGAGGAGCAGAAAGAGAAUUUGCUGAAGAGAAGGAAAAAAAAAAAACAAAACUGUACGUGAGGGGGGAGGAAAAGCAGGGCCUUUUAAAAAGGGAAUCACAACAACUUUUGCUGCCAGGAUGCCCUUGCUUUUACUGAGAGGAUUUUUGUUGGCGCUUUGCUGGAUUAUAGUAAGGAGUUCCCCAACGCCAGGAUCGGAGGGGCACAGUUCAGUCACUGACUGCCCAUCGUGUGCCCUCGCCACGCUCCCAAAGGAUGUGCCCAGCUCACAGCCCGAGAUGGUGGAAGCAGUGAAGAAACACAUAUUGAACAUGUUGCACUUGAAGAAGAGACCCGACGUCACCCAGCCGGUGCCCAAGGCAGCGCUCUUAAAUGCUAUCAAAAAGCUGCAUGUGGGAAAAGUGGGCGAGGAUGGAUAUGUGGAAAUAGAGGAUGACAUUGGAAGAAGAGCAGAAAUGAAUGAACUCAUGGAGCAAACUUCAGAGAUCAUCACAUUUGCAGAAUCAGGAACUUCUAGAAAGACACUGCACUUUGAGAUUUCCAAGGAAGGUAGUGACCUGUCCGUGGUGGAGCGUGCCGAAGUGUGGCUCUUCCUGAAAGUCCCCAAGGCCAACCGGACCAGGACCAAAGUGACCAUCCGACUCUACCAGCAGCAGAAGCAGCCCAAAGGCGGCUUGGACGGGACGGACGAGAUGGAGGAGCCGGGUCCAAAGGGCGAGAGGAGCGAGGCGCUGAUCUCCGAAAAAGCAGUGGACGCCCGUAAGAGCACCUGGCACAUCUUCCCCGUCUCCAGCUGUAUCCAACGCCUCCUGGACCAGGGCAGGAGCUCUUUGGAUGUGCGGAUUGGCUGUGAGCAGUGCCAGGAGACUGGGGCCAGCCUGGUGCUUCUGGGGAAGAAGAAGAAGAAGGAUGAGGAGGGAGAAGGCAAGAAGAAAGAAACAGGAGAAGGAGCGACGGGAGGCGGGGGAGGAGAGGAGGAGAAGGAGCAGUCGCAUCGACCCUUCCUGAUGUUGCAGGCCCGCCAGUCUGAGGACCACCCACACCGGCGACGCCGGCGGGGGCUGGAGUGUGAUGGCAAAGUCAACAUCUGCUGCAAGAAGCAGUUCUUCGUCAGCUUCAAGGACAUCGGCUGGAACGACUGGAUCAUCGCUCCCACGGGCUACCACGCCAACUACUGCGAGGGGGACUGCCCCAGCCACAUAGCUGGCACCUCUGGCUCCUCUCUGUCCUUCCACUCCACUGUCAUCAACCACUACCGCCUGCGGGGGCACAGCCCCUUCGCCAACCUCAAGUCCUGCUGCGUGCCCACCAAGCUGAGGCCGAUGUCCAUGCUCUACUACGACGACGGGCAAAAUAUCAUCAAGAAGGACAUCCAGAAUAUGAUCGUGGAGGAGUGUGGCUGCUCGUAGAGCCACCCUGAGGGCACCAGAGGGAAGGGAAAGGCAGAGAAGCCAACGGACACCAACGGGUCCCUGCUCCGGUUUGACCUUUCCGAAUGAACCAAUCCAACCAAAACGAAACGAAACCAACUAGAGACAGAUGAAGGAAGACGUGCUCGCCUCACCCAACCGGGGCUUGGAGGAGAAUCUGGAGGAUGAGGGGGGAAGGGGAGGGGAGGGACGGGGGACGGGGAGGGUCGUCCCUUCCUCCCUUAUUCUAGCUGAGAAGCAACUUCGGGUGAAAGAACGGGGACUUCUGCUCUCCCAGUUCCCUGUCUGUCAAUCAUGCCCUGAAACCAGCGUGUGUCACCUACAAGUGAUUCGGAAGUCCAGGCCAAAAUAGCAUGCCGAAAGCCAUGUGUUUGAACAGUACAUUCACAGGCACUUUUUCCCAGUUUGCCAAGGACGCAGGGUAUGUUUGUGUGAUGAUGUCCAUGGGUGUGUCACUGCCUAUACACACAUAGAUAUCGCCACACACCACGUACGUGUGGGUCCUGGUGAAAGAACAAUAUUGUGCAGGUGCUUACACCGACCGUCAUUGUCUGCACUACUUUUGCAAAAAAAAAAAAAAAAAAAGGAUGAAAAGAAUGAAUUAUCGAGAGAAAUACCAAGUUACAUUUCGUUAAGGUGCUUAUGAUCUUAGAACUAUGCAACCUAAUGGGUUUGAAACUGUUUACCUGAUAGAGAGAACAAAAAGAAAGACUUUUUUGUAUGGAAGUAACCUGAUUAAUUUUUUUUUUUUUUUGCUUCAAGGAGAGAUACUUGAAAGGAACAUGUUUGCCCAGCUGCUGGAUCCAAACAUUUCUAUAUUUUGUAAAUUUUUUUUAUCGUUUACUAUUUGCACUACGAUGGUGUUUGACCUGUCUAAUCCUUAUUUAACAAGUAUUUUUGAGGAGUGGGUGGGGGUGGGGGGGGUAAGAGCUGCACUUAUUGUGAGCUAAGAAAGAACUGCUACAGCACACAAAAUAGCUAUUUUUAUUAUUAUAAUUAUAAUUAUUAUUAUUAUUAUUUUGUACCUUAAAAAGAAUAGACACAUACACCAAAGACAUUUGUGUGAGCCUUUAAACAGUCUGUUUGUGGUUGGUAUCAUUCAUCAUUAACACGUCAGGGUUGGGAUUAAAGGAUCAGUGAGAUUGACCUUGGUUCAGGCUGAAAGUCCUGUUAUCUAGUUUGAUCUUGACUCCUUUCGCAUCCACAAAACAGAGAACAUUGUUUGCUGGAUGUACAGUAGUUGUACACUGUUGGAAAGCAAAGUCAUAAAAUGAUAUAUGCAUGUAUGUAUGUAUACCCAUAUGUAUACCUACACAUGUUAGGGUAUGUAUGCAUAUUUGGUAUGAUGUACGUAUAUUUUAAGCACUUCAGGCUGUCAUUUUUAAUGUUCUGAAAAUAAUGAAUGUUUGUGUGCGAAACACAGUGUUUUUAAGAGGAGGUUGGGGGUUUUUUUCCCUUUGGACUAGGGUGAGGACAAAUUAAAAUUUUUUAUCAAUUUGGAUGACCGAAAAUUCCCAAUUCACGUGACUAUUCAGAAAGGCCCUCUUAUGUGACACAUGGAACUUAGUUCCGCCUUCUUUUUUCUAUUUAUUUUUGUGACCCCCCCCCCCCCCCGUUAUCUCCUGUCAUUCAGAAAACGGGAAUUUUGGUAUUCAAACACCAAGCAGAAUAUUGCCCCACUCCACAUCUGCAAUCAACAUUCAAUUCAAUUCCCUGGAACCAAUAUUCAAUCCAAGACCCGCUGUGUAAGGGAGAUUCUCCAGUGGGGAAGGGUGAAGUGCAUUGGAUUUGUUCAUUCUAAGAAGAAAUAAUUUACUUUGGGGUGUCAACAUCUAGAUUGAACAGCCUGAUUCUCGGGUUAAAUUCAGCAGAGAAUCAUGUGGACUAAAUCGGAGUAUUAUAACUUAUUAAAGGAUGCUUAAAGCAACAUUUCUCUUGGUGAAGCAUCUAGAGAGUAAAGACGGGAGAGAAGAAAUUGGGUUGGAAUGAGAGAAGGGAAAUGAGGGCAGGGCAAAAGCCCUUAAGUUUAUCUUCAGCCAAAACUCUUUAUAUGUGUGUGUGUGUGUGUGUGUGUGUUUGUAUGUAUUGUUAGAGAUGGAAAAAACCUUUUGUUUUAUAAAUAUCAAAGUACUUGCUUAUAGCUAAGUUUUCUAAUUUAUUCCACAGUAUUUAGCUUGCAUAGUACAGCUAAUGGGUUACUCAUUUAUGUGCUUUUUAUACAGAUACUUCAUUUUACAGACUUGUUUGCAGUUUGCAAAAAAAAAUAUUUGGAACAAUUUCUAACAACUGGGUAAAAAUUCAAUUUGUCACUAAAGUAUUCUGUAUGUUAUUGAGGCUUUCGGACCUGUAUUCAGUCACAGGGUUAUUGUUUGAUUUAAUAAUGGGGUAUCAAAUGCCUAUGAGACGAAACACUACAAAGAUGAAGCAUUUCAUCUUGAAAAGUCAACUAAAUCAACAAACCAGAACACUUCAGCUAAGGAUGGAAGACCUAAGAGAAGGGUUAGGCGGUAGUUUUGAACACUUAUUCGUGUUGGCUAGAGUUUCAUAAACAUAGGGUGGGUGGGUGAGAGGGUGGGGAGGGUGUUUAGGAAGGGAAUGAAUGGUUUCAUGGCCAUGAAUUUCCCGAAGUUUUUUAACGUUUGAUUGAGGGGCUUUGCAACUGCACAGCUUGUGGUGACUGGGACUGAUACUGGACCAUAUCAAAUGAGUAUGAAAAAACAUUCCUAUGUGCCUGCAGGGAAGAGAUGGGGAGGGGGAGACAGAGACAUUGGUACAGUUCAUUAAAGAUAGAUUAGAGAAAUCAGAAGGUUUAAAAGUCAGCUGCUAACUAGGCUCCUCCUUCUCUGGCUAGUUUUCUUUCAGUUCAUCCAUGAAUGCCCCAUUUCUAAAUUUUAGGAGGUUUUGGGGGGCUUUAUUUUUCCCCCCUCAAGUCUUUAGGCCUCAUCAGGGGGUUUUGAUUUGUGGUUAAAGUUAUUAAAAACAGAGGGAAAUGAAAACCUAUAUGAUAAAAUAAAAAAGGGAUGUUAAUCAAGACUGACUGUGGUUCCCGCACAAAAAAACUAUAAUUUAGUUUAAUUAAAUCUGCAUGUCCUCAAAAUAGCACUAUAAAUUGCUACCAUAUUUGACUAGUUGUGGAAGGUUCUGCAACCUGAGGAACAACCAUGCUUUUCAGGUAGCAGUGGGGCUCCGAAACGACUUUAAAUACCAGCCCAUUGUGUAAAACUGAGCCUCCGUUCCACCAGUAGAGAAUCGUCAGUAUCUGACCUCAGUAUCUCCCAGUCUCUCAGCAGUGCUGCUCACCAGAUCCCUCAAAUCCUAUCCACUCUCUCUCCCUCCCCGCCCUCCUUGGGGUUUUUUUUUUCCUUUCCUUUAAUCUGCAGGAGCCAGAUGAAAUCAAUCUUGGAGGCCUGGAAAGAGCUCUUGACCUCAAAUGUCUGUUAGGGAUAACAGAUACAAAUUUUGCGGACUUGAUUAUAGUUAUCUGUAAUUAUUUUUCCCGCGUCCUGUAAGAAACAAAGGCAUCGAGGCAUUCAUUCCUCCACAUAGGGACCUUUAUAGUUAACCUUAUCUGUAUUUAGAGGAGGAAGACUGAUCUCAGGUUCAUUUUGGACCUGACUUUCUAUCUAUCCUUUCUAGUAAAAGACCCCAUGCUCUCACUGAAGUCAGAACGAGUAGAAUCGCUCCUCCAGGAGGAGGAGUAAGGGAUCAGAGUUCUAAAGGUGACAUGGUGACACUGUGACGUUGAGGAACAAAAAUACCUUGUCAUUUGCAUUGCCUUGGGAUUCAAAUCACCAAGCGCUCUUUAAAUGGAUCCCUGUGGGCCUUUUGCAGAAGGUUGCCAAUUCCCUCUCUUUGAUUUAGAGGAACUUAGUCACCUCUAAAACCUACAUGCUAAAUGAAAACUUGAAGAUGUGGGCAGAAAGAAGGGACGGGGGUGGAAGUUGCAUUUCUUUAAAUUAAACCUCGCAUCCCCGAGAAGCUAUUGUGUGGGUCAAAGAAAAUGAAUGGUUAGAAGUUCACAUCUUCAUAUGCAGAAACAAGCAACAUUUUUUGGCUAUAAUGUUAUUUAUUCCUUGUCAGAUGCAGUGAAUCAUUUUUCUGUGUUAAUUCUCAAUGUUUUUUUUCCUCCCUGAUUUAAAUGCUUUGAACACACUACAUUAACAAUGGGUUGACUUUUUUUAAAAAAAGAAGUAUAAUUAUGAAAGCCAAGAUAUUAUGAAGCCUAUUUUGUUUUAAUCAUUUUUGUGUUCUGUGGUUGAUGUUGUUUUCUUAGUUCGAUGUUCCCCCCGCCCCCGCCUACUACAUGCAGUGCUUUAACCAAUGUCCGUUUGGCUAAUGUAAUUAAAGUUGUUAAUUUAUAUGAGUGCAUUUCAACUAUGUCAAUGGUUUCUUAAUAUUUAUUGUGUAGAAAGACUGGUAAUUUUUUAUUUACAAUAUGUUUAAAGAGAUAACAGUUUGAUAUGUUUUCAUUUGUUUAUAGUAGAAGUUAUUUAUUUUCAUGGCAUUCCAUCUAAUAUUUUGAUAUUUGGAAGGCAUGCAAUCUAUACUUUGUACAGUUAGUGGACAGUAUUCAUUAGUGUCCGAUAGCUUCUUGGCCUUAUGUUAAAUAAAAAGACCUGUUUGGGAUUUAUUUUUUAUUUUUAUUUUCAUUUUCAAUCUUUCUUAUUGGUUUCUCGUGAGUAACUCAGCGCACUUAUGGUCAGCCGCUUUGCCUGGGUAACCAUUUAAAUCCUACUGUACUUGCCUUUAAGAGAGGGGUUGAGUGAGAGUGAGUGGUAGAACUGGAGAGAGAGAGAGAAAUGGGAGCAUGGGGUGAGAAUGUGUCUUUGCACUGAGAGAGGGUUUUGAUGUGCUAACAUAAUUUGGGCCAACUAUGAUUUUAUCUUGGUCUUUUUGUUAUUUUGCCCUUUCUUCAACAACAAGAGCAACAACACAAGUAAAAUCAAUAAAGGGAGUUUCACUGAG